AAAAAUGAGAGCAAUAAUAACAGAAGUAGGUUUCGCAUGCUUGGUUGUCUCCUUACCCUAAAUUAAAAUUCGUCCGUGGUUUUCCCUUAGACGAAACAUUGGUUCGUAAACAAUAACCAUGGGUAUUCAGCUCGAAGAAUCUCAAAAUAUGGCAAAUUCGAAUCUUGCGAAUUCUGAAAACAUAGGUGAAGCGGCUAUUGUUUUCAUUGGUAUUGGCGCUGUCUUGGUUGUUCUUAGUGCAGCUUCUAUCAUUUAUGGUCUCCAUCGCAGAAAGAGAUACUGUUCAAUUAAUACUGGAGGUAUCUCAUCUCUGACAGAAGAAAGCACUCACAAUCCUACUGAUUUCAUGAAGAGUCUUGCAACUUGGGAUCGUUCAUAUUCUGUUGACGAAAUACUAGAAAAAAGGAGGAGAUCUGUCUGGACCCUGGAAAUUUUUGAGAACUAUGGAUCAAGUCAGUCUAAAAAUAACAAUGAUUCACAUUCUGAAACAUGAAAUUUUAAACUACAUUGUUAAUGCAUUCCACCUUGGUUAUUACCAGAACAAAGCUCAUUGGUGCUCCUGGAUGAUUCCUGUGGACAAAUAUGAAGUUUGAAGUUGCAUUUUAGUACAGUUAUUGAUACUUAUUCACUACCCAAAAGUAUUAAUUUCAGUGAGGAAUUUAUUAUAAAUUAUCUUCAUAGCAAAUAUACAGAUUUAUAUAUACA